UCUGGAAAGAGAUUCAAUUGCGGCUCUGUCUUCACAGUAAGCAGAACUUCGUAGGUGAGAACCGCUUUGAGAUAAAGUGAAAAUGGGCGCCAGUUAUUGAACCGCUUAUUGACCGAACAAAAAUUAUAAUUAAGUGAUUCGUCGUUUAUUAUUAAACGCAUCAUUUAUGAAAAAAUAAGAAAAACUAGAAAUAAAUUGAAACUUUUGUUCUUGAAAUAAUAAAAAAGAGAACUUUUCUCCUCAAUUUUCUAUCGACCGGUGUAUGAUUCUAGGGACAUGGCACCCCUGGUACUCAGGGAGCUUAUUGCUUACAUCAUGCUUAUUAUAGUUCUUACUUUAAUUAUCAACUUUGAAUCAACAGAAUCAGCUAAAAAUUUUGAAGCUGCUUUCCAAGGGGAGUGUCGAGAAGAUAGCCCAUGUCAGCACCUGUGUUUUGACCUUCACGAUGGCACCUUUGAAUGCGCGUGUAAAGAAGGAUUCACAUUAUCCGUUAACGGUUACAGCUGCAUAGAAAACUCAAAAUUACGGAGUGACUGGAGUAAUUCUUCAUUGUGGUUAGAGAAUGGAACUUCCUCAGAAGAGUUUUUUGAAUCUGAAGAUUUACAACAAAUCCAAUCAUUUCAUUCAAAAAAUAAAGAACGCCUUGAAAGUCGAUCACAUACUUUGAACUCUAAACAUAUAAAUUCUGAUGGGGUUCAUAUUAUAUUUGAACUCAAUAGAACUCAAUAUUCUCCUAUAUCUUACGAACAUCUUUAUGAUAAUUCAGCUGGACGCUCACUGAACUCUUUAAGUGUGAAUGCUCCAGAACUUCCUAAGAUAAAUGAACAAGUGGAUGUUUUUCAACAAAUGAAUACAGUAGCCGCAUCAACUCCAUCAAUGCAACAAGUGUUUCAUUCUUGUGCUGAUUUACAAUGUGUGUCUGGUGGAAUAUGUGUUCAAGAAUCUCCCUCUAAGCACACAGUAAAAUGUCGCUGCCCAUUAGGUAGAAGUGGAACAUUUUGUGAACAAGUGAUUGAAGCAAAGUACCCUCGAUUUCGUGAAGGGUCUUAUCUGGCUCUUCCCAUUUUAAGGGAUGCUCAUAAAUCAAUGCAAGUUACGCUAGAAUUCAGACCUGAGGCGAAUGAUGGACUUAUCUUAUACAGCGGGGAAAAAUUAGAUCUACAUGGUGACUUCAUAUCUAUUUCCUUAAACAAAGGUUUUAUUGAAUUCAGAUUUGAUUGUGGAAUGGGUGAAGGUCUACUUGUCAGCGAUCAGCCUGUAGUUUUGCGGUCUUGGAACACUUUAACAAUAUACCGAGACAGAUGGGACGCAUGGAUGCAACUGAACAGCGGUAGCCAAGUUCAAGGGCGCUCAAAAGGUCUAUUUUCGCGAAUAACCUUCCGUUUAAAUUUGUACUUGGGAGGUUCUCCAAAUAUUACACUAGUUGCUGACAGAACUCAAACGAAAUCAAGUUUUAAAGGUUGCUUGAGGCAUUUAGCCAUUAAUCGUCAAAUCUACGACUUUAGACCUAUAUCAAAAGGAGAUGCGUUGGAAGGUGUUGACAUAGAUGAAUGCAGUGCUGAUGUUUGCAGCAAAGUGAUAUGUUUGAACGGUGGACAAUGCGUUGCAGCCAGUCCUGAUUAUGGGGUAUGUCUCUGUCCAUUAGGAUAUAUAGGAGACAAAUGUGAAACAGCCAUGGAGCUUGUUGUACCUUUAUUUAAUGGCUCUUCAUAUCUUCAGUAUCCUGGUCUAAGUAAUACUGUUUUGUCAUUUAUCGAGCUUCAAAUUGUUUUCAAGCCAUAUAGACCAAAUGGUGUUCUAUUCUACAAUGGUUAUAAAAUGGACGGUACAGGCGACUUCAUAAGUCUCAGUUUAGUGAAUGGUUAUCUUGAAUUUCGUUUUGAUUUAGGAACUGGAGUUGCAGUAAUAAGAAGUGAAGAACCAUUAUCUGUUGGAGAAUGGCAUACAGCUUUCAUAUCCCGGACAGGCAGAGAUGGUAUUUUAGAAGUAGACGAACAACCCAAAGUAGAAGGUACUUCACCUGGUGCAUUUACACAACUAUCCUUACCACUUAAUAUGUACAUUGGUGGAGUACAUGAUGCAAGAGAUGUUGCUAGAAAAGCUUUUAUAACUGAGUCCUUUACUGGCUGCAUACAAAGGGUUAUCAUUAAUGGAAAAACGUUGAAACUUAUCGAUGAUGCUUUAUCAGGAAUCAACGUGGCAAACUGUCUCCAUUCUUGCGUUGAAGAACCAUGUAAAAAUGGAGGCUACUGUGAACCUAGAAUGGCUUAUUAUACAUGUCACUGCCAUUUGGGUUAUGCUGGAACAAACUGUGAAAACGAAGUUACAGAAAUGAUUGCAGAACCCAUGUUUACAGGAGCAAGUUAUCUCCAUUAUAUGGAUGAAAAUAUAGUAAAAAGAAUAAGAGGAAACAAAAUUGAUAUAAAAUUAAAAUUUCGUUCAUUCGGACCCAGUGGAUUAAUUUUAUGGACAGGAAAAAAAGAUAUGUCUGCUUCAGCCGACUACUUAGCCUUAGGUCUGCGUGAUGGAUAUUUACAUUUUCAAUACAACCUUGGAAGUGGUGAAGUAAUAAUCGUUUACAACAGUACAAAAUUAGAUGACGGAAAAUGGCACACAGUUAGAAUCAUACGAGUUGAGCAAGAAGGAUCACUAACAGUUGAUAAAGGCUUCACUGUGACUGGGGUAUCUCCAGGCCUUCUAAAUCAACUUAAUGUUAAUAAUGGAUUAUAUCUUGGUGGAAUGGAAAACCUAUCCAGCUUAAGUAUGAAUAAAUACCUCUCAGGUUUAGUUGGUUGCCUUGCAAAUGUAACUCUAUCAACAGACUAUCAUAUUCGUCUGAUUACGCACGCAACUACUGGGAUCAACAUUCAGGCGUGUCUCUAGAAUUAAUUACAAUGUAUAAGCCUGUUCUCCUACUAGAGUCAACACGUGUACAGAAGAAAACUAGGAUAAAAUUCCUAUGGAUAGUAGGUCCACAAAUGUAGCCAAACUGCCCGCAGUCGCUGCUGUCAUCGAAUCAGUAUGGCAAAAUUCUGUAGUUUGUGUACACAGAUACAUGUGCCACAAGGAAGUUUUUAUACAGCUUAUCCUUGAUUGUGACCCCAUGUGUUGUGCUAGUGCCUUCAGUGAGCAGCAAGAUAUGUUUCUGCACCAUUCAUUAUACCACUUUCAUACUAUUAAUUAGAAGAAACCCUCUAAUCAUGGUUUGACUUUAGUUUCAUUUUCAUUGGUUAUGAAGCAUUUUAAAUGUUGUGUUUUAAAUCAAGGAAUAUAUUUUAACAUUAGAUGAAAAACAUACUGUGAAACUAUCUUGGAGCCACAGAUUUAUACAGAUAUCACUCCAAGGAUACAAACCAACUAACUUUGUUCCAGGAGAUAAUUUUUAUGUCUCUGUUCAUCAAAUAAUAUCGAUAUUUAUUAGAUACAAAAUGUCUGAAUGUUUGAAAUAAGUAAAUUUUUUCACCAACCUUGGAAACAUUCAAUAAGGUGAACACCUUUGUGUUCUUUUGUAACAAUACGUAUCCUUCAUUCAUGAGUAUUAGAUAGUAUUCACAUUUCAAGAUGGGCCCAAUUAAAAAAAAAGGUGCACUUCACAUAGAUGUUUUUGAACUAGUUCAAAAACAGUUAGAGAUUAAUCAAUUUCAUUCCUAAUUUCAAAUUUAAUGCUGGGCUGCACUAGUUCAUUUUUCUACAACUAUGAUUGUAUAUUCAGUAUGCAAUAUAUUUUUUAAUUUUGUAAGGGCUGUUAUUUACUAUGAAGUUUAGUUCAUUCCAAUGUGUCUAAAAUGAUCUCAAGAGUUUAAGAAAACAUGAGACCAAGAGCAAUGUUUGAUAAUUGUACAUAAACUUCUACGUGUGUGUGUGCGUGUAUGCGUGAAUGUAUAAUAUAGAUAGCUAUGUAUGAAAAAUAAUCUAUUUAAAUGGCAGGACUGUUUCAAGAAAUGUUUAUAAAUCUUAUUUCAUCUAUUACACAAAUGUUUACUCUAUAAAAUUAAAAACUAGAUUUCAAAAAAUUUUAGUUGUUUAUCGUAAAUAUUCCAUGUAAAACUGUAUAUUAUACAUUUUAUAUCAUUUCACUAUUUUUUUUCGUCUGUUAUCAUUAUUCUUACGAUAUGUUUAGUUGUAAAUAUAAUUAUUAACUUUCAUUUAAACUAUGUAUUUUUAUGACGAUUGCUUUAAUAUGCAACAUAACUAAUGUUUUGUGCUUAAAAUGAAUUUAAAAAUAUUUCUAGUGAAAUUCUAUAGCACUAGCAGACUGGUUGCAUAUAACUUUUUAUAGAUAAUUAUACACUUUUGCAUAUACUCAGUUGCAUAUAUUUUUUAUUAUCGUGUUGAUAAUGAAACAUUUUCAACUAUGUUCAUCAAGCGUUGUAAUAUUUACAGUGACAUAUCAGGAAGUAAGUUAAUAAUAAUAAUAAACUUGCGUGAUUAUUUUUUUUU